CCCUUUGUCACACUCACAUUUGCGCAGAGUUUGGACGGAAAGAUAGCCUUGAAAGGACAGCAGCUGCUACUCAGUGGCAAGGAAAGCAUGGCCAUGACACACAGACUUCGACUUCUUCAUGAUGGUAUUUUGGUAGGAAUUGGAACUGCAUUAAUAGAUGACCCACAGUUAAAUGCACGAUACGUUUCACCCACGGACCACCUAUGCAAUAAUCAACCUCAGCCUAUCGUUCUUGAUCCAAGACUUGAGUUUCCCUUGAGUGCAAAACUCUUGAGAAAUUUUAACAACGGCACAGGAAAACAGCCUUGGCUAAUCUGCUGGACCAAAAAUGACCAACGCAAGUUGGCACUAGAAAAGGCAGGCGCACUUGUCAUCACCAUUGAAGCACCGGAUUAUAAUGUCAAUGGUUAUCAGACUUGUCAACGGCCCUCGAUAUCUAGUGUGCUUAGACAUAUAAAAGCAGCCGGAAUUGAUCGUUUGAUGGUUGAAGGUGGAUCGAAAAUAAUUCAAUCCUUCCUUCAAUCUGGUCAUAUAGACCAGCUGAUUGUCACCACUGCACCUACACUAGUCGGCCCUCGAGGAGUGAGUGCAACC